AUGUUACUAGAACAAGCAGUAAGUUAUGAUUCAAAAUUAGUUAAAUGAGGAGGAUGAGUAUAAAAGAUUGUAAAAACUUUCAUUAGGAAUCAAGGACAUGACUUUAAGAAUUUCUACUCUAUAAAGCUUUAAUGACAUCUCAUCAUUAAAAUUAUGUAAUAACUGAUAAUUCUAUUAAAGUAAUUUGUUCUUAUCCAUUUCAAUAAAGAAGUGUAGAGCUAAUAGUUUCAAUAUUAUUUGACAGAUUUAAAGAUAGAUAAUUUGUGAAUACAUUUCAUUAAGCUGCAUAAGAAGUUGCAUAAUUAUAAGAAUAACGAAUGGUACUAAGUUAGAGAUCUUUAUCUAAAAUUUCAUAUGUGUAAACAAUAUAUUUAAUAUUCAAGUUAUAAUUCAAUGACAGAUUUAAGGAAAGGCUCAUAGAAUGCAUUAUUUUCAAAGUCAGUAACUCGAAAACUCAUUGAAGCCAAAAAGUUUUGUGCCUAAUAUUUGAAAUAGAUUUUUUAAUUAGCAAACGAUUUGAAAAUGGAUAUAGAAAAAUUAGCGAGAAUUUUUUAAAUUUUUAUAAAAAGUACUUAAGACUAAGAAUUUCGAUUAAAGAUAAUAUCAAUUUUUGAUGAAUGUAAACAUGAUAUCUUUGGAAAUAGAGAAUGGGUAACAACUUAUUAUGAAGAAAUUGAUCAAUGUAUAAUCAUAAUAGAUCUAAAUUAGAUUUCUUAAAAAAUCAUAUUAAUGUACCAAAAAAUAUUACUAAUGAUAAUAUUUCAGAUAAAUUAACUAGAGUUAGUUUUAGAAUUAUUGAUGAUCAAAAUAGUUUUUAUAGUGAUGAAAGUUAAGAAGAAAAAAUAGAAGAAUAAAUUUAAAAAUGGUUAUGUGAUACAGAAACAUAUGAUAUUUAAGAAUUAAACGAUAUUUUAAAUCAAAGUGAAUAUCUAAAUGAUUUAAUCAAAUAUGUUACUCAACCACAAAAGUGUGACAUAAUAAAAUAUUGGGUAUUUUAUUUAUAUAAUAAUAUAUUGUAGGAUAAACAUUAAUUAUAAAAUACAUAAAUUAGAGAUAACACCUAUCAUAAAUAUAAUUAAAAAAACUUAAGUAUUUAACAAACUAUUAGAUCUUAUAAAGCUCUUUAAGUUUUAAUUAAAGAAGAAAAUGUUGCAUUUUUUAAUUAACAUAUACCUUAAAAUGUUAUUUAAAUAUGUAAUUAUUCAAAUAAUAUUAUUUAGUUAAUAGUAUUUAUGAUUUUAUUAAUGAUUACAAUAUUAAUGCUAAUCUUUAUCAUAUAGCAUAAUUGAUAGAUAAUAUUUUAUUGAGAGAACCUAAAUUAGGUGUAGUUUAAAUUAUUGAUUUAAAUCUAUUUUUUUCUUUAACCUAAUAUAUUUAUAAUCCAAUGAUAUCAUUAAUUUUAGAGAGUAAAAUAUAUAAUAAUUAAUUAGAUAUAAUAAAUAUUAAUAUUGAUAAAUAUUAAUUGGGUUCCUUUUUUUAAGAAUAACUUUGGAAAUACUUAUCUUAAACUAAUUGGUUCAAAUUUAUAUCUUAAUUAAUUUCAAAAGAGCAUUCUUAAUCAGGAAUUGAUUAAGGUUCUAAAAGUGAAGUGACCUUAACUAUCUUAUCAACUCUUAAGGCACUUACAUAAUAUGAUUCAAAGUAGCAUUAAGACCUCAGUGUGCAUUCUGAAGAAAAGGUUAAGCUAACUAAUCUUUUGGGAUCUUUACAAGCUGGAAAAACUCCAGAAAUAUAUUAUACAACAAAUCAAUAAAAUUGGCAAUUAAAUUUAGAUAUUAAAGAGAAUAUCAACAUAAAAUAAAUACUUGUAUAAGAUGUAGAUAAUUUAAAAUAAUUUAAUUAACAAAGAAAUAAUAAUUAAAUUGUUAAAUAAUAUUAUUAGGAUUUAAAAAAUUAUAAAUCAAGAAAAUCAGUAAUUAGUUUAAAUGAUUCUAAUAUCAAUUCAAUAGUAGGUAAUAGUUUUUAGGAAGAUAAAAAUAUUAUAUUUAAAUAAUCAAUAGAUUCAAAUACUUCAAUCAAUAAUUAUCAUCAAAAAAAUAAUAUGUUGACUAGUAUAAAAAGAAGUUAAGGCAAAAUUUUAGAGAAAUUUGGUUAAUCUAAUUCAUUUUAAUCAACUACAACUCAAUAAGUUGAAUCUCCUGGAUUAUAGAUAUUAACACAAAUAUAAAGAAUUGAUAUAAAUGAUGACUAAAAACCUAAGAUUUUAUGUUAUCAAAAAAAAUCACCAUUUUUAUAUAAUCAAAAUAAACUUAGAUUAAAAACUGAAGGAAAUUCUACAUUUGAAGGAUUUUCUAGUUCUAAACUAAGAACCAUUUAUCCAAGUUAUAAAACUUAAAUAAAAAAUACUGAAUAUGAAAAAUAAUUGGAAAAUCUAGAUUUUAAUUCUAAUUACUUCUUAGAUGGUAUUAGAUUAUUAUAAUAAUCCACAAAAAUAAUGAUAGAAUUUUUAAAACUUAAUAAAGAAAAAGUUAAAUAAACAUUAAACAGAUUAGAUAUUACUUCAAUUUGUAAAUCUUUUUUAAAUGAAGAAUUAUUCGAUAAAUAUUUCUAAUUUUAUUUAUUAAAUAUAUUAAAUAUCAAAAAUAAUGAAUUUAAUAUAUCUGAUGAAUGUGGUGUGUUUAUCAAUUUUAUAUUUGAAAAUGUAAUCGAAAUAAAAUAGUUAUUUGAAUGUUCAUAAAAUUUAUGCAAUAGUUUUAUGAAAUCAAUUGAAUAUCUUUGUAAGAUUAUAUUUGAAAUUCAUAAAAACCCUAAUGGUUUAGAUAUGACAACUCUUAGAUUUAAAAAAACUUUAUUAAUAACUACACUAAAUUAUGGAUUUUAAUUUAUUUAUCAAACAAAUUAAGAAUUGACAGAAAGAUACAUUUUAAAAUAUCUAAAUGAGAGUGUUCUUCAUAUUCUAAUAAUUUGGUUUUUUGAUAGCCAUGCCAAUAAUCUAUUCUAAAGGAAUUUCUACAUGUAAUAAUAUUAUAUUAUUUUUAGUUUCCUAAAUCUUAUACUUAACUAGGCUCCUUCUUCACUUAUUUCAACUAUAUUUUUUAAAAUAGGACUGAUUUCAUCCUUAUAAAAUGCCUAUUCAAAAUUAUUUAUUAAUGGAAUUAAAAAUAAUACAAACUAUGAAGAUUUGUUUUACUACAUUUAAUUGAUUACAUAGAUGAUUUUAUGCGUAAAGAAAUAAUUGAUAUUUUUUAGGUUAUAAGAAGAAGAUAAUUGACAAGUUUAGAAAAGAAUUUGGAAUCUAUGGAAUCAUGGAAUAUAUUAACAAAUGGAAAAUCCUAUGUAGAAUUAUUGUCAUUAAUGAAAAAUAACUUUUAAUUCCCUUUUUAGGAAAAAUAAAUUAUAUAGGAAAGAAAUUCAAAUGGAUAAAAUGUCCAGAAAUUAAUGGAAAAUAAAUUGAAGGAAAAGAGAGGUAGUGAAAUUAUGGGAUAAAGGUAUAAGCAUUUAUUUAUAAAAGAAAAUCAAUAAUUAUGACUAAACUUUUACCAUUAAGUCCUGGAUUACCUAAUAAAUUGAAUUAAUAAAGUUUAAAAACUUGA